AUGGCUGGAAAUUAUUACCGACUGCAUUCGAACGACUUUGGUCAUGCGAGGUCCCCCGAGCACAACAAGGAAACUGAAGAACGUACUAAAAACGCGGACAACUGGAGUUUCAGCUCUGUGCACUACAGCUAUUCUUUGAAGAAUUUAAAAAAAGCAGAUAGACAUUGGCUUCUGAAUACUGAAAGCGAACAUUGGAAAAAUGUUCUUGAGCACUUAAUAGCAAUAAUUCAUUUCCUCGGUCAGCACUGUCUGCCUUUGAGAGGAAGUACAGGUACACUCUUUCAGCCUGACAACAGAAACUUCUUGAAACUUGUUGAAUUAUUCGGAAAGUUUGACACUGUGAUGAUGGAGCACCUGCACAGAGCAAAGCAAGGUGAGAACAAGGGUCAUCAUUAUCUUGGAAAAGAAACGAAGAAUCAAAUAAUUCAUCUUAUUAGAUCAUCUAUAACCAACAACAUUCUAUUAAUGAUGAAAUCUGCAAAGUAUUACAGUAUAAUUCUGGACUGCACACAAGAUAUUUCAAAAGUUGACCAGAUGACAGUUGUGGUACAUUUUGUCCAGGAGACAAGACUCGACAGAGUAUAUGAUGUCCGAAUUUGGGAGCAUUUCCUGGGAUUUCAUCCAGUGCCUGAUUCUUUACACUCCACUUUCAUGCAGGUUGUACUCAAGUUCUUGGAAGAUAAAAAAAUCCUAUUGUGUAAUAUGAGAGGGCAAGGAUAUGCCAAUGGAGCAAACAUGAAAGGAAAGAAGUUUGAUCUCCAGAAACGAAUUUCAGAUAUGAACAAGAGAUCAUUUUAUGUACCAUGUAAGAGUCUCUCAUUGAAUCCUGAUGAUGUCUUGAAGAAGUAUCUGCCUAACGUGUUGCUGAAGCCACUGAGCGAUACAAGGUGGGAAAGUAGCAUCAAUGACCUUACUCCACCGAGGUUUAAGAUUGGAGACAUUUAUGAUGCACUGGUUCAGAUAUCAGCAAAAUUCAAUGUCAGUAAUACCCUCCAGACCACUGACAUAAAUGUUUCAGAGACCGUGGAAAUGCUUGAAAUACGAAAGCAUAAAAUGAGACCUGCAGAACAGAAGAAAAGUUUUAAGAAGCCAAUACACUUUAUCUAUGAGGGAAGGGAUGAGACAAUAGAUGAACGAACAAAACGAAACAAGAUUGAAUUCUACUGUUAUCUUUUGGAUAUAGUAAUCACAUCUUUGGAUGGGAGAUUCAAUCAACUGAAAGCUCAUUGUGAUUAUUUUGAUUUUCUCUACGACAUUGAUGAGCUGAAGAAUGCACCUCCUGACAGCCUGGGCACAAAGUUUGAAUACAUUAUAUGUUCACAACCAUUGAAAAAUGUUUAUUUACUUUAA